AUGCCUCCUAAAUUCAAAUUUCAGCCCGGGCAGAUUAUCAACUACAUGACCACCCACCCCAAGUUCGCUAUCUCUUCUGCUUCGACGACGGGACGGCCAGCCCUCAAGGCCAGACCUUGCGUCGUUGUCACCGCCUCAGAGGAUGGCUCAGAGAUUACCGUCUUCCCUUUCUGUGGCGCACAAAAGGAUAACAACGGCCAAUUCCUCGCUGAUCAUAUCGCUCUACAGAUGAAAGUUGCAGAUUGGAAUCGGCUCGAAUUCGUCAACGUCCAGUCAGGACAGAAGUAUCCUGUACCCAGUGACUCUCUUAACCGGACGCCCAUCCAGAUACGGAACGACACUAGCAAUGCACAGCCCACUGCCUUCAAGGGUAUAAAACCCUCUUUUGUCUGGGUUGGCGACGAGGAAGGCGAGAAGAUCAACUUGAACCAGAAACCUAUCGGCAUCAGUGAUCUUCUGUCGCCUUAUAUCCAGGCAGAAGCAAAGGUCGUGGACGAGAUCUUAUCGAGGGCUGAGAAGAUUACGCAACCUGCACAGCAGAGCGGAACGAAGUCGCAGCCGGAGCAGGAGGAAGAAACCGAUGACCCUGCUCAUUAG